UGCAUCCAAAGCUAAAGACUGGGAACGUAUUGAACGUCUUGCAGAACUAUAAAGCUACACUUUUAUCAUCACGGAGCCGGGCUUUGCCACAAGACCAAAAUAUAUAAAAUAUACACAAAUCGACAACAACAUGGCCUCACUACAGCGCAUCCUCAGACCGGUGGCAACCAGGCACUUCGCCACCAGCCUUCGCAUCUCCCCCAGCUCCGCAGCAGCCGCACCCACGGCCUGCUGUGUCGCCGCCGCGAGGCGAUUCAACUCGAGCAAGCCGGAAGCCCCGGAUGCCAUUCCGGACGGUGAGCUUGGCGUCGGCGAGUUGCAGGGCGCAAAGUUCCGCAUUGAGCCCCUGCGUCGUGUCGGCGAGGACGCAAGGACCAUGCGCGCCAGACUUCAACGCCAGUCACGCGGCCGAGGCACCCUCGAAUCCGAGCUGCUCCUUUCCACAUUUGCCAAAGCGCACCUUCCCACCAUGACUGUGGAGCAGAUGCAGCAAUACGACCGCUUCCUGGACGAGAACGACUGGGACAUCUACUACUGGGCCACCCAGAGCGAGGAGGGCGCGGCGGAGAGCGUCAACGAGAAGGCGCCGCAGGCGCAGACGCCCACGCAGAGCCCCCGACCCGGCGAGUGGGCCCAGACCGUUGGCACCUUCAAGCCCGCCUACAGGCCCGUGCCGUCGCGCUGGAAGGACAGCGAGAUCCUCGCACUCCUGAGGAGGCACGUCAGGGAGAAGUCUGCGGCUGGAGUGCUGGAUGGUGGGAAGCAGCAGACUCUGGGUAAUGACCAAGCCCGUUCCGGAAACACCGGCGGCGGGAUGGCUUUUAUGCCGCCGCUGAACUGAUUUAGGGCAGUGGUUUUCUUUAUGAUGUUUCGAUUCAACUGAAAGUGUACUUAUUGUAUAUCCUGUGCAAUUAUGGGUUUAUAGACCUGUUUAACAAGCUUGUUACAACAGACAAGUUCAAAAUCUUGCUUCAGUAAUUCUCACUCAGUAACGACAUUCAGUGCAAUGUCCCAAAUACGUCGACUACAAUCCACUGGCAUCGUCC